GCCUCCGGCUCGUGACGAGACGUUGCAGCUGCCCUGCCCAGCUUGACUUUCUGUCCCGAGAACUUUCCAACGACAUCUCGACUUAUUUAAUUGCAGUACUGCUCGACUACUGACAAUUCUCCGCAGAUACCACGACACACUUUCUGCCAUCAUGGCUACCGACUCGCGCAAGCGCCUCGCUCUUGCGAUCUGCGACUUCCUCCAGACCAGCUUGAAGGAUGGCACGCUCACCCCCGAAGAUGCAGACUCAGUCGAGAUCGCCACUAACUGCAUCGGCGAUGUCUUCCACGUUGACCCCACCGACCAGACCGCCGUCAAAGAAGCCCUAGGUGGCCAAAAUCUGCUCUCUAUCUUUGGCGUCUACGAGAAGCUAAAGGGCAAGUCGACGCCGGCUGCAGCCGCUUCGGGCGCUGCUGCAGGUGCUUCUGCGGCGAACAGUGACAAGCCUGAGGCGAAAGGCGCGCCAACCGAGGAGAGCGAGAAGUUGAAGGGCCAGGGCAAUGCCGCACUGGCGAAGAAGGAAUACCAGGCCGCUGUGGACUACUACACACAGGCUCUCGAGAUCUGUCCUCUCAACCCUAUCUACCUGUCCAACCGAGCUGCUGCGUACAGCGCCAUGAGCCAACACGAGUUUGCGAAGAACGACGCCGAACUGGCGACCGCGACUGAUCCAAAGUACACCAAGGCUUGGUCGAGACUAGGUCUCGCGAAAUACGCACUGGGCGAUGCCAAAGGCGCGAUGGAAGCAUACAAGCAGGGUAUCGAUGCUGAAGGCAAUGGUGGGAGUGAUGCGAUGAAAAAGGGCUACGAGACUGCCAAGCGCAAGGUGGAGGAGCAGGAGCAGGAUGGGGAGCUCGACACCGCUGCAGGACAGGAGUCCGCAAGAGGGCCUGGAGGUGCGGGAGGCAUGCCAGAUCUCUCAGCCUUAGCCGGAAUGAUGGGAGGAGGCGGAGGAGGCGGCAUGCCUGAUCUCGGAUCGCUCAUGCAGAAUCCGAUGAUGAGACAGAUGGCCCAGAACCUGAUGAGCAAUCCAGACAUGAUGAACAAUCUUAUGAACAACCCUCGACUACGGGAAAUGGCCGGGCAGUUCGGAGGAGGUGGUGCUGGUGCCGGUGCUGGUGCUGGCCGCGGCGGAGGUGGAGGUGGCGGCAUGCCGGAUCUCAGUCAACUUAUGAACGACCCCAGCAUUGCUGAGCUCGCGAGGUCAUUUAUGGGACCAGGCGCAGGCCGCGGAGCUGGCGGUACACAGUGAUUGCGACCCCGAGCCUAUACGAUUUCUCAACGAGCGGCACGGCCAUAGAUUACUCACGAAAAGUUUGCAAUUCCAUGGCAUCAGAUCUUCACACAGUGCCGGUGCGCGCUGACAAUAUCGCAGAGUCUUGUGUGGCGCGCUAUACAUGUGGCUGCGAC